GUUUAUAUAAUUGGGAAAAUCAAAGAAAGCCAAAGCAGGGAACCACCAAGUCCGCUGAUUGCCCAAUCAAUUGGAGCUUCUUCUUCUCUGAAUCCGAUCUCUUUCUUUUCAAAGGCACAAACACAAUGGAUGUGAGGGCUGGGCUAUUGCUACUGUUUCUUUUGGGUGCUAACUGGCGCUGUGAUGCUAGACAAUUGGAUAAGCCUUCGUUGUCAGAAAUGCAUUUAAGGUACGAGAAACAAGAUUGUAAAAUCCAGAAAGAUGCUACCGACAAUAUUUGCACAUUGUGCGAGCAGUAUGCUGGCCAGGCCCUUGAUUACCUUAGACACAACCAGACCCAGAAUGAGAUCCUUGAAAUUCUACAUCAGUCAUGCUCUCAAUUGCGCUCUCUCGAGCAGAAGUGUCUCAGUUUAGUAGACUAUUAUGCUCCCCUCUUAUUUCUAGAGGCUUCCAUGAUACAACCGAUGGAAUUCUGCCGAAAGGUCAACCUAUGUCAACAAAUUGUCUUGAUUUCUAGACAACUUCGUGAAGAUAGUUGUGUGUUAUGUCACCGUGUCAUUUCAGAAGUAUUAACUAAGUUGAAAGAUCCUGAUACACAGUUGGAGAUUAUUGAGGUGCUUUUGAAGGCAUGUAAGAGCACGAAGGACUUUGAGAAAAAGUGCAAGAGAAUGGUUUUCGAGUAUGGACCUCUGAUCCUUGCCAAUGCAGAGCAGUUCCUUGAAACGAAAGAUAUAUGCACCCUCCUUCACGCUUGCGAUUCGCCUACAGUUAAUAGCUUGGAAGGUGAAGAAAAAUUGCAUUCUGACUCUUAAAGUCUUAAUACGCAUUAGAGGAGCAGAUUUGAAUUGCAAGAUCAAAGACAGCAGUCUCAUAUAUAUAUAUAUGUA